AAUGGAAAGGGUCAUAAUAUGAUAUUAUGAUAUCAAUUGGGAAGCACCAUGGAUCCCUCCGAUGGUAUCCACUUCGUCUCCUCAACCGACUCUCCCGAGUUCACUCGUCUCAGCUCCUCACUCACUCGUUCCUCCGUCAUCGGACUCGACGCCGAAUGGAAGCCUGUCCGAGCUCACCAACCCAACUUCCCCACCGUCCUUCUUCUCCAAAUCGCCUGUCGACUCGACUCCCACCGCUCCAUAGUUUUCCUACUAGACCUGUCGGAGAUCCUUCUUCCUUCCGUCUACCACCUGCUAAGAGACGUAUUUCUAUCUCCUCACAUUCUAAAGCUAGGCUUUCGAUUCAAACAGGACCUGCUUUACUUGUCAUCUACUUUUCGUUCUCAGGGCUGCGAUUCCGGCUUUGAUAGGGUGGAACCAUUUUUGGAUAUUGCAACCAUAUACAGUCAUCUACACCACAAGCAAACGACAAGAAAGACAAAGGUUACUAAGAGCCUAUCCUUCAUAUGUGAAGAACUUCUUGGCAUGUCUCUUUCAAAGGAACUUCAAUGCAGUGAUUGGUCACUUCGUCCUCUUACAAAAGACCAAAGGACUUACGCUGCUAUAGAUGCUCUUUGUUUAAUUGAGAUAUUCAACGUCUUUCAGCUGAGAGUUCUCAAAGAAGGAGCUUUUCGAAAUCUCACUGAACUUGAUAAUUCAAGUUUAAAUCUCGGGUUGAAGCAGAUUCUUAAGGAACCUAAUAUUUCUUCUAGAAUAUUGAGGACCACAUUUUGUGAUGCUGUAGAGAUGGUUAGAGCUACUACAAUUGAAUACCCUCAAAGACCACAUGCUGAACAGGGAAUAAGUUUAAGGAAAUCAAGUUGGGUUACGCUACCCAUGGAUUACACACUUUUGCAGAUUGUAAGAGGAUAUAGCGACAAAAUAGUAUUGACGGAAUCAGAUGGAAAGCCUGGAACAUCAAAAAAGAAAGGAAAAAGGAAGUCAUCCACUGGCUUUACUUGCAAAGAAAAACGAGUAGAUGAUAUUGAUGAAUGGCGAGGCCCAGCACCAUGGGACUAUUUAUUGGGUGGGGAUGGAUUCCCAAAGUUUCUGUGUGAUGUGAUGGUAGAGGGCUUGGCAAAACACUUGAGGUGUGUUGGAAUUGAUGCUGCUGUUCCCUAUUCUAGAAAGCCAGAAACCAGGGAGUUAAUAGAUCAAGCUAUCAAAGAGAAGAGAGUUCUUUUGACAAGAGAUGCCAAGCUCUUGAGACAUGAAUAUCUGUUAGGAAAUCAGAUAUAUAGAGUGAAGAGUCUUCUAAAAAAUGACCAGCUAAUUGAGGUGAUAGAAACAUUCCAGUUGAAAAUUUGUGAGGAUCAGCUGAUGUCAAGGUGCACUAAAUGCAAUGGCAGAUUCAUCCAGAAACCUUUAUCAAUUGAAGAGGCGAUUGAAGCAGCAAAGGGGUUUCAAGUGAUCCCUAACUGUUUGUUUGACAGGAACAUCGAGUUCUGGCAGUGCACAGACUGCAAUCAGCUUUACUGGGAGGGAACCCAAUACCACAAUGCAGUACAGAAAUUCAUUGACGUGUGCAAAAUAUCAAGUGCAUGAAGGUGGUGACUGAUUGUUGUGUUUUGGUUCCAAAAGAUUUUGAGUUCAGUAUCCCAUGACAUGGAUGGAACUACAGUCUACAGCAGAAGGGGUUGGGUUGUGAGUUCGAGUCUUUGUAUAAGAAAAGUUAUUGUUAUACCCUUGAAGAUGCAUAAUCUUAUCAAACUGAUAAUCGUUAAAA